AUGGAGUGGUUCGGCCAUGCCAAGGUAGAGUUCACUCACGCCCCUGCGCCGCGAGCGAUACGGGAGAAGGAUGGCAAGGAGACAGAUUUGCUCAAGAUUGUUGAGGAAUCAACGCCUCCAUGCCACUUGAACCCGCUGUUGUUCAAUGGCCACAUUCAGACAAUGUGGACGGCCACCAAACCCAGCGGACCUCCAGUAUACUAUCGUCGCAGGAUAUUUGACGCCGACCACAAGACGUACAAAGGCACCUUUGCUGUGGACUUUGCUGUGCAACCGUUUGAAGGGGGCGACGAGACAUUACCCAGGAGAACCACUUACUACACGGAUGAGGAAUUCGACAAUAUAGGCUCAGAUGAUUCCAAGCCUAUGCUGGUCGUUUUGCACGACCGUAAAAUGGCUGAAGAAAACGUUUCCGAACAGACCGCUGUUUGGUCUCGGGUUCUCCUUGGGAGCCAACAUGCUAACCAAUUGCCGCCAGUUGCCAUGAAGAACUUGAUCAGCACGCACAAAGAAGCCUUGAAGAAGUACACCGACCUUGAUCUAGCCUCCCUUGAAAAGGUCACGUAUUUAUAUGAUUUCGAUCGCGAGGUCCAGUGUCCAACAUGGGGAUACCCUACUGAAGAUGCCUACUACCGUGAUGCAUCUUCCACGGAUGCUGUCUUAAACAUCAGGAUUCCUUUCAUUGCCGUCCAGGCAACUGAUGACCCUAUUGCUGUGAGGGAAGCCCUUCCCUAUGCAGAAUUCAAGCAAAACCCCAACACUGUCAUGAUUACCACAUCCAUGGGAGGUCACCUAUGCUGGUUUGAGAUGGGCAGCAGUCGAUGGCAUCCCAAGCCGAUUUGCAACUUCCUAAACCAUCUUGCGUUCAAGGCCGACUUGGAUAGCAUUACGCCAACCAGAUUACCUACUCCAGAAAAUCCAAAACACGGUGCCGACUACAACCCAAUGCGUCGUAAGCUUCAAAUUUUUGAGGAUUAG